AUGUACGGUCGAAAUCUCAAUGGCACGGCUGAGAUCGCAUCUCAGAAUGAGAAUGGGGACGAGGAGAAGCAGGGGGGACGAGGAGAAUCAGGGGACGAGGAGAAGCAGGGGGGCGAGGAGAAGCAGGGGGGCGAGGAGAAGCAGGGGGGCGAGGAGAAGCAGGGGGGCGAGGAGGACGAGAACUAUUCGCUUCGGCUGCUGUCGCCAGUCUCCCCUAUUCUUGGCGCGCAAUUUCCUCCAUUCCCGCGCGGGCGUUAUGACGCGCAAGCCACAAUCUUUCCGCUGAUCGCCCCCCAAGUCUUCUCCCCGCGUGGGCUGGCCAGCGGAGGGAGAUUCGCUGUGGCGGAGGAUUUGCGGGAGCGAUCCGCAGCUGCAGAGGCUGCGGGGGGAAGGGGAGGAGGCGGAAGAUGGGGAGGGGGGAAUUCAGGCGGCUGGCGGAAAAAGGGUGCCGAAAAGGCGGCAGAGCAUGUGGACGGGUGGGGAAGAAGAAACACCGGCGCGCGGAAAGGGGGGAGUUUGAGCGGGGGCGGAAGGCGGGAAGGGCUCGCAGGGGCACAGUCGACGGGGGGAGAGCAGGGCGCGCGGGGGAAAGAACGUAGCGGUUCCGCUGGAGGGAAGAGUGGGGAGGGCGCGGAGAAGCUUUCCCCCUCCGCUGGGCGGGAGAUGGAGAGGUUGCGCGACAAUCUGGCGCGGAUGCGGCGGGAGGCGCUGGGGAGGGCGCUGGAGAGGGCGGGGCGGGAGGGGCGCGUGGGGUGGGCAGAGGCGCAGUGGCUGGUGGAGGGUAUGAUGAACAAGGGGGAUGGCAUUCGCGCUUACAGGAUCCUCCAGUGGGCGCAGCAGCAGCCAUUCUACUCGCCCUCCCCACCGCUCCUCUCCUCACUCCUCCUCCUCCUAGCGCGCACGCACCGCAUUCCACCCAUGCUCGCCCUUCUCGACCACUGCCUCUCCCUCCACCCCCACGCACCGCCAGAGGCACAGGGCAGUGUAGGGCCCUCGUCCCAGGCGCUCGUGCCUUGUGUGUCCUCUGAGUCGACUGAAACGGCACCUCUCCACCACACAGCAGUGCCGAUGGGGUCGGCUGUGCCGGCGGGGCCAGUGGGACCGGUGGGACCGGUGGGUCCGGUGGGGUCGGCUGUGUCGGCGGGGCCGGUGGGGCCAGUGGGACCGGUGGGGCCGGUGGGUUCGGUGGGGUCGGCUGUGCCGCUGCGCGUGGUGCAGACAUGCAUGGGCGCGCUGCUGAAGUCGGCGCAUGAUGAGAUGGAGCGCGUGUGGGAGCUGUAUGGCAUGGGGGAGAGAGAGGGGGGCAGGGGCAGCACACCCGACUGGCUUGUCAAUCAGAUGUUCGAGCCCCAAGUGGCGAGGGCGCCACAUGCACAAGGCAGAGGCGCUUCUGAAAGAGAUGAGGGAGAAGAGGGAAGCAAAAAACCAUUUUCACCACUUUCUACCACUUGCCACCGUUUCCUCCAGGCCUUUUCCAGCCCCAAGUGGCGAGGCCGCCACAUGCACAAGGCAGAAUCACUCCUAAGAGAGACGAGGGAGAGGAGGGGGGAAGGGAAGAAUCAGCAGCGCAGCUCGGCCCCUCUGCUGCACAUGUACGCGUCUCUGGUGCGGCAUCACGCCAGGGAGGGCCACGUCAGCAAGGUGGUAACCCUGUUACAGCAGAUGCGGGACGACCUGGCGGCAUCGGGACGAACGGUGCCGCCCCAGGCAGUCGAAGCGGUGGUGUUUGCAUGCGCCCGGGCGGUGUAUCUGAGCAAAAAGAGGAAAGAGAAAGGGGGAGUGGUGGGGUCGCAGAAAGAUAUGGGUAGAGGAGGUAGGGGAUACAGCAGAGGAGGCACAGGGGGAGGAGAGGAGGAAGGGGAGUUGGCCGCUGCAGCACUGGCUGAUCAUGUGUCUGCUGCCAUGAGGGAAUUACACGAGGCUGUGAGGGCUCGAGGAGGGGAAGGAAAGGGGGAUCGAGACAGGAAGAGAGAGGAGGAGGGUGGAGAGAAGGGAUAUGAGGUGGGUGAGAGGGUGUGGGCGGCAUAUAUGGAAACUCUGAACCAUGCAGGGCGGUAUGAAGCGAGCAUUGCUGCAUGGCCGCAUGUCAUGGCGAUCAAGAGAGUGGCGGCAGAGUGGCAGGAAAGAGAGGAGGAUGAUCUGAUGGGUGAUGCGAGCAGAGGGAGGGUGGGCGAGUGGGAGCGUGCAGCGCGGGGCAUGCGUAUGGGAAGCAGAGAAGCAGCAGCAGCAGCAGCAGAUGCAUACGGAGGGGAGAGUCUUUGUCUUCCCGGGCUGCGCGCGUGCAAUGCUUAUCUUGCAGCACUGGCAGGAGCAGCGGUGGCGAGCGGGGUAAUGGGGAGCACAAGGGAGGCGGAGAGGUGGGGGGAGGAGGCGGAGGGGUUUUUUAGGGCCAUGCUGCGGGCAGAGAGAGGGCCGCUCACUGCUGCUGUGAACGCGCUGCUGCACAUGUACCUCCACCAGUCACGCCUCAACGACCUGGAGAGACGGUUCCAAGGGAUGAAGGAGGUGCGUCGCAUCUUGGGUGCGGGCGGUGCCUUCUUGACCGCACCUGCUACCACUCUUUCUCCUCGGAGGACGAUCGAACGUCAACAGGAGCACACGUCCGGUCCUCCUCUCCCUGUCUCAUCCCACACCUGUCUCAUCCCACACCUGUCUCAUCCCACACCUGUCUCAUCCCACACCUGUCUCAUCCUUCCUUGGUUGAUUUUCGUGCCUAACUCGCAGGUGGGGUGCCUCCCUGACCUACCUGACUGCACAUGGCAUGGCAGCGCCCAAGCCCCCGCUCCCCGCUCACCCCACGCGUGUUCCCUCCUUCCGUCUCUCAACCCCGUGCUUCUCCCGCAGGUGGGGUGCCUUCCUGAUUGCACAUCCUACCACCUGCGACUGGCAGCGCACACCAAAGCCGGCAAUCUAGGCAUGGCGAAGAAAAUCUUCCUCGAAAUGAACUCCAACCAGGACGUAGGCGUUGACGCUCACACCUACAACCUCAUCAUAGCUGCAUGCGGCGCAGCAGGCGACACCAGAACGGUCCGUUCACUGUAUCUGGACAUGGUUGGGAAUCGGAAGGACCGGGGGCGGAAACCCGGUAUGGUGCUGGUGGGACCAGCGAGAGAAGCGGCGGAAGCUGUGGUGGGGAAGUUGAGGGUUGAGAGGGAUGAGACGCGGAGCAUGAAGCUGAGUAAGGAGCAGCGGCAGGUGUUGGCAGGGGUGCUGCUGGGUGGCGCGAGGAUCGCGGCCCAGGACAACGAACGGACGUACGAGAUUCAUUUCGAGCAGCCGUUGGACAAUCCUGGCCGUGUAGAGCUGCUGGAGGGGCUGUACAGGGCGUUUGGGUCGUGGGCGAGUGCCCCGCCCAGAAACAUGCUCCUGCUCAUGCCGCCCGCCCCAGACGCUCCUCCCGAUGUUGCCGCAGCAGCCGCCGCCGCUGCUAAUGCCGCUGCCGCAUCUGUUUCUGUUUCUGCUGCUGCUGCUGCUGCUGCUGCUGCUGCUGCUGCCGCGACUGCAACUGCUGCAGCUUCUUCCUCUGCACCACCCGCUGACGUCUUAGCAGCGGCGGGGGUUCGUCCCAUCCGCGUGCGUCACUUUGCCACCAUCCCCCACACGGCCCUCCGCUACCACGCGCAGCGCUACCACCCGCAGGGCCCCCGCGUCAUUCCGAAGCUCAUUCAGCGCUGGCUCACCCCUAAGACGCUCGCCCACUGGUACAUGUACAGUGGGCGGCGGUGUGAGGAGACUGGGGGGAUGAUUCUGCACGCAAAGCAGUACUCGAGUCGAGAUUUGAGGAGGAUUGCGCGGGCGUUAUGUGUGUCGGUGCGGGAUUGUAGCGUGAAGAUGAGGUAUAGGCGGCCGGGGCAGAGGGUGUUGGAGAAAGGAGGGAGGAAGGCGGGGAAGAGGACGAGGAAGUUGGCGAGGAGUGGGGAGGGGGAGGAGGAGGGUGGAGGAGGGAGUGAUAGGUUGAGGUGGAAAGCGCAGAUGGGGAGGGUGGCGUUGGAGAGUCCGUGGGAUGCGCCGAACCUGAUUCGGUUCGGCGGAGCCACGGCGACGAGGCUGUGGAAGUUCAUGGAGGCGCAUGUGCUGCCGAGCCUGCGGGAUGAGCUCCGGCCGGGCGUGAGGAUGAGGUUCGGGGGAAGUGGUGUGGGUGGGCGUGGUUUGGAGGGAGGUGGUGUGAUGGGAGAGAGCAGGGAAGGGGAGAGAGAGGGUGGGUGGGAGGAGGACGAGGAGGGGGAGAGGGUGGUGGGGGAUGGAGUGAUGGGUAGGGAGGGCAGAGGGGAAGUUAGGGGAGAGGAGGAGAAAGAGGGUGGAGAGGUGUGGUCUGAUGACGCAUGGGGUUUUGAUGUUCAGGAUGAGCGGGAAAGAGAUGAGGAUGAGGAGGACGAGGAGGACGAGGAGGAAAAAGAGGGGGAGGAGGAAGAUGAUGAAGAGGAAGGAGAAGAGGAUGAGGAUGAUGGCGAUGAUGAUUGGGACGACCGGGGGAAUGAACAGUGGGAAGAAGGGGAGGAGGCGGAGCUUGAAAUGGAGGAGGGUGAUGCAGGAGAAGGGCGGAGCGACGACAAGAGAGAAGGGAGAAGCGCUGGCAGGGCAGGGCUUGAGCAGCAAGAGGAGCAAGAGGGGCAAGAGGAAGUGGGCAAGUAUGAGAGGAGGAGAUUCAGUCGGGGCCGGUUUAGCGAGAGGGAAAGGGAGAAGGACACAAGGGAAGAGAUUGGGCUGAACGAGUGGAUGCCUCUGGAGCUGGCUCUGUACAUGGAGAAGGUGCAGACGCCCGUGUUCAAGAAGAAACCCAAGAAGCGAUGA